AUGGGUUUGAUUAAUGAGUUGAGAAGGAGAUGAGAGAAUCCAGUUAGUGGCCUGCGUUUGCGCUCGCUCAGCUCUCUCUCACUGCCGCUAUCUUAUCCUACCCUGUGAUACUUCUUCUUAACAAUACAUACCCACUUCUCCUCAAACUCUUUCUCUCCCUCCCUCAUCAAUGGCUUUAUGGAGUCCACGAUUGCAAAGAUUUCUAUUCACCAACACCAACCUUAGUAAGAUCGACUUCAAGAAGACCAACACUAAUUUCAUUACCAGAAACCGCCGGCGUUGCUCAGCGAUUGCUAUUGACGCUCCUUCUUCUUAUGGUCUCGCUUCUGGGAUCAGAUGGGGUUCCGCCAAAUUACAGGGUGCUCGUGAGGAGAUGGAAGACGAUGCUGUAAUAGUCGCUAAUAACAACAUCGACGACCUUCAAGGUUUCUAUUUUGCUGCUGUUUUUGAUGGCCACGCGGGUUUCUCUUCUGUCAACUUUCUCAGGGAGGAGCUGUACAAGGAGUGUGUGAAGGCUCUACAAGGGGGCCAAUUGUUGGAUAAUAAAGACUUUAUUGAAAUUAAAAAUGCCCUGCAAGAAGCUUUUCACAACGCUGAUGCCAAACUUUUAAACUGGCUUGAGACGACCAGUGAGGAGGAGGAUGAUGAUGAUGAAUCUGGUGCAACAGCUACUGCUAUCUUCAUAGGAAAUGAUAUGCUAUAUAUCUCACAUGUUGGUGACUCAUGUGCCGUUCUUUCACAAUCUGGAAACGCAGAGGAGCUCACUAAUUCUCACAGACCCUAUGGAAGAAACAAGGUUUCUCUUCAAGAAAUCAAACGCAUUCGAGAAGCAGGUGGAUGGAUUUCGGAUGGAAGAAUUUGUGGAGACAUCUCUGUAUCACGUGCCUUUGGUGACAUACGGUUUAAGACCAAGAAGAAUGAGAUGCUGAAAAAGGGAGUUGAAGAAGGAAGAUGGUCCGAAAAGUUUGCAUCCCGAAUGAAGUUUUUUGAAGACUUGGUUAUUGCUACUCCUGAUAUUUAUCAAGUUGCAUUGGGGCCUGAUGCGGAGUUUGUAUUAUUAGCAACUGAUGGCUUAUGGGAUUACAUUAAGAGCUCGGAUGCAGUCAGCUUUAUCAGAAACCAACUUCGGGAACAUGGAGAUGUUCAGGUUGCAUCUGAAGCGCUAGCUCAAAUGGCCUUGAACCAGUAUUCUCAAGAUAAUGUAACCAUUGUGAUCGCCGAUUUGGGGCGGACGGAUUGGAGGAAUUUACCUAUACAAGAACAAAAUAUUGCGUAUGAACUGAUCCAGGCUUUUGCAACGAUUGGUAUUGUGUCACUUGGGAUAUGGAUGUCAUCUAAUGCUUCGUUUUGAAACCUAAUUUAACAUUGCAACCUCUGUAUAUAAUCAACAUAUAUUUUCCCUUGUGUUGAUAUAUCAAUGUUUACUUUUAUG